UUACUGAAAAUUUUUAUGGAUGUUAAUCUUAUUUUUGAAAUCUAGAAAACUACCAUUCAACUAAAAGAAAUAUUCAUUGACAAACAUUUAUACUGGGCAGAACCAAAUUUGCUUUCAUUGCAAUGUUAAUCAAAACACUAAUCAUUGAACAUCGUAAAAACGAACGCUUGGCUGAACCAAUUAACAUGUCAAAUUUCAUCGUCCGACCGAAACACAUACGCAUUAGUUAUCGAAAAUAGUUGCAAGAGGAACGUCGACGAGCAUCUUGGAGAAAAUUUCCCAUAGUCGAGCGGUGAAACAGGAAUUCAGUUCGAAGCCGGCUACCGUAACGAAAUGCAUCUGAUCCAUUGCAGUCCACGGGGUUCGCGUGUAGUUCAAAACACUUACUGCGGCGGUGUUCGGUUCCGUUAGUGAUCAAUGCAAUGGCCACGUGGAAGCGUAGUUUGAUCUUGGGUCAACGAUAACAACUCGAAUUUGGUCAAAUACCGAGAAGAAUCGGUCUGGCUCUGGCUGCCGGUGUCUAUCAAAUUGAUUUUAAUUGUUUUUUGUGCAAAAAAAGAAACCUCACACACUGACAUCCACUUGCGGAACCGGAGAAAAGCCCGUAGUCGAUUUGUUCACUGAUAUUGCAUGCCUGGUCAGUGCUGAAUGUGCCUCAGUUCGGGGAAGAUACACUGCGAGAGCAUAGUUCUCGGUCGCGGCCAAUUUUGCAAUCUAUAAAUCUCUAUCGCACUUCGGAAGGUAUCACGGAAGGUCUCGCCUCUUCGCGUCAGUCAGUGUCAGUAUCGAUGUUGAAACCAACCGCCGGACAGACGGUUAUCGGAUGAAAUUACCGUGACUAACGAGGAAGUGUCUCUCAGUUGAUCAGAGUGAUGUGGAAAAAAUAAGUGCUCUAGUUUAGUGGGACCAUUUUUGGUGUUAGUUUUUUUUUAUUUGUGGCUGUGCAUUUGCAACCGGUAACAUCACCAUCUCGCUGCUUCCCAUCUUCCGUUAUUUGGUUGAUUUUGCAUUUCCAUUGUGCUUCUGUUUAGUAUCAUGGUGACCAAAAUAUGGCGAAGUUGCUUUCCCGACUCGACAAAUUCUCCGCAUCACGUUCAGCGGCAUCACUUCUACCUGUGUCAGUGGCAAAGUAAUACACAGGUCGGAAUAUGCUACCUGAUGUAUCGGCUAAUCGUGGCCAUUCUGUUCCUGGCCGUGCUAGCCUGCUCACUGCUGGAUAUUGGCCGUUCGGAACCGAUGCUGGAGCACCACUACGCCAAAUGGUGGAUCUAUCUGACACACUGGGCGCUGUUAGCGUGUGCCGUGCAGGCCUGGCUUGCGGCACUCAUCGUUACCAAAGGACUAAUGAUUGACCGGAACGAGUUCGAGUGGAACAUUCAUGUGGCCAGAGAAAGUCGGCUUCAUGCUGUCUACUGGGUUGUCUACACCAUCGCCACGGUAUACUCGUUCAUUGUCACAAUCGUCUAUUGGACAUUCGUUUACGAUCCCGAAAUACAUCGCGUGGAUGCUGUCAACUUGAUGGUGCAUGUGCUGAACUCUGUCAUAAUGCUAAUCGAUUUGACCAUCGUGGGACACCCGAUCAGGCUCAACCAUGCCUACUGGACGACCGGAAUCGGUGUGAUAUAUGGGCUCUUCUCGGUCAUUUACUAUCUGGCCGGUGGAACCGACAGGCACAACGAGUCGAGCAUCUAUAAAAUGCUCGACUGGCAGAAACCGGGCAAAUCGAUUGUAAUCUGUGCGCUGGGGGUGUUCUUCGUCUUUAUCGUUCACUUCAUCUGCUACUGUCUGUACUGUCUUCGGGUGUGGCUGUACGCCCGAGUGUGCCUCCCGGAACCAGACAGUUCCGCAAGCAGCGGCAGCACCCGGAAGACGAGCCGGGAGAAGGUAAGCUCGAUUACACGGACACUUUCGGCGAUGGAGGAAUCCCAGCGGGAGCAGUUCCUCAACCCGUCGACCGUCAUUGAUCUCAAGUGAUGGACCGACGAUGGGCAGCAGCCGUGCGGUUCGAGAGCCACGCCCGCAAACCGAACGGCCGCGCCAGGUGGGUGGAAAACCCAGUAAUGAUCCACUUCAUCGCGACGAAACGAGAGCCGACGCCACCCGCGUUACGACACCGUGAAGUGCGGAUCGCUCUAGCUCAAGUAAUUCUCUGGAAAGUCAUUGUUGAACACUAUUAGCAUCUGCGGGAGUGAAGCUCCUUCCUGCAACGUUUGAUUCAAGAUAUAGAUUAAACAAGGAAUAACAACGGCGUUGUUCAGUGAAGUAAUUAAUUAUGUAAAUUGAUAAUAGAAUUUUACGUAGAUCGUUUAGCGGAAGAUGGUUUUCUUUUGUACACAGAAUUUUAGUCAGAUUAGGAAGAUUGUCAGCCGGAAGCCGACUGGCUCUUAGUGUUUUUGAGAGGAAGAUAUAAAAAAAACUCUAUGCUCGCUCAUGCUCGUCGCCGCACAGCAUUUACAUUUUGAUUGCAUACAUACAAGAAUUACCCUCAUCCGACCCACAGCAGAUUGGUAAAACUGGAACGAUGUUGUUAACCGGUAGAGUCUAAGUUAAUAAAUAAAAAAAAAAGCUCGGUUGUACCAACUAUUAGAGAGGGGCUCCGGAAUCUUCCGAAAAUAAUUCUAAGCCACAAAGAAUCAGUAUUAAAUAGAAACACGUUAGCCUUGUUGGUUUCGAUUUGAGGUUCAGGAAACCGACAUCACAGGCAAACAGACAUAAAACGAAUCUUAUUUUCUAAAACACCACACAAUUAGGAAUGGUUAUAGGAAUACGAUAACAUUUUGUUUAAUUGAUAUUUCAAUAAUUAAUCUAUGUAUUAUUCUUAUAUCCUUUCAUUCUAUCUACUCAUCCACUGAAACUUUUUUCCCAGUGUAUUGUGAUUGCCAUUGUGUGUACGUGUGAACGCUCAUCAGUAUGUGUAAGUGAAUAAGUGUGUGACGUCAUUAAGAAAACUACGAACACUGAAUUUUGAAGUCCUUGAAAUGACUCAAACUGUUUGUUUUCCUAGCUCACUGCCGCGUAGAAUAUUAUUUUAAUCUAAACGUCUUAGAGCAUGUUCUGGAGGAGUCAGGUGCGUACCCAGAAUACUUUUUCGGAGGGGGUUUCAGAACGGUUACGGAUGUAUGUAAAUAAUUAUUUGAUUUUUUUUUAUAAAGUCGUUCGUUGAAAAUUAUUCAUUUUAUAAUUCACUUAAAUAUGACGAAUUUUGCGGUAUGUCAAUUUCUCAGUUGGCAGAAUUCUCUCAGAUUUGAAUGAAAUUUUCUGGACAUGUAGACAUUUGUCACAUUGCAUACUUUGUUUUUUAAAAUUGAUCUGAACUGUCUUUUAAAAAGAGCUAAACUUUUCGAAUCAUUUUUUUUUUCAAAUAGUUGACGACAAAUUACAAAGCCUACAAUAUGUAUUAGUGAUUUUCAUGAAAUCAGUCAAACUUUUUACUUUAAAAAUUUAAAACCAAUUUUUCAAAAAAUAAUACAUUUUUUAUUUUAAUAGAAAAAUUUUACGGUGUCUAUUUAUCGAAAACUAAACGGAAAGUCAAUUUGAGAGAUUUCACAGAAUACUGGUUGCCCGAUAUUUGCAAAAAAUAUCACUUUUUUUCUCAAAACUACCCGCCUUACAAUACAUGGACGGUUAGAAGAGAAUAAAAUAGUCUACCUUGAGACAAAGUUUCGUUGAAUUCGAAAGUGAUGUUUUUUUUUGUAAAUAGACUUUCAAUUCUGAAUAUCAAUAUAUUUCAGUGUAGGAUUCGACUAGGCAUUUUUACCCAUUUUUUGUCGAAAAAUGACAAAUCCUACAAAAAAUCAAGGCUCUCAAAAUAAGUCCAAUUAUAUAAUGAAAAUACUGAAAAAAUUACUAAACGAAUUUCACACUGAAAAAAAUCGAUCUUAUAAAUUUGAAGUCAAAUUACAAAAAAUGCAAUUCUUUAUUUGAAUGAAAUUUUUUCCCAACAUCGAUUAUUAUGUUCUCUGCCAACCUUCCAUAUAUUGUAAAUCAAUCUCAAUUUUUUUUAUUUUUUUUUUCAGUGUAGGACUCGUUAAGAAUUUUUUACAGUAUUGUAAUUGAAAAAUUUGAAUGAUUUUGUGAAAAUCACUAGUACUACACUUUAUUGUAUGACUUUUCAUAUUCGUCAAUGACUGUUUGAAAAUGUUUAGCCCCAUUCAAAAAACAGUCUGGAUCAAUUUUGGAAAAACAAAGUAUGCAAAGUGACUUUUUGGGACAACAAAUCGAGUAGGCGCGAAACUUGGCAUAUUUAUAGAGAAGAGUUUUCGUAACAUAACAAUAUUUUUUUAGGUUUCUGGAGAGGUUUGAACCCCUAAAACCUCCCCAUGUAUACGCGCCUGUUUGGAGUGUUCUAGUUACAAUUUGUGCCAGCUUGAAAUCUGGAAAUUAUAACAAGAAACUGGCAACCGCAGCAGCGAUUUAAAGCGACCCUUACACGAUCAUUAAGUGUCAUUACUAAAAAAGAAAUGUCAUUUUUAAUUAACGUGUAAGGGCAGUAAUGAUGAUUUUUCCAUACAAAUUUGGAAUGUCAUUAAUUUAGUAAUUAUUGAAAAUGACGUUAACAAUGACGUUAACCUUGAACGGCCCCAAGGUCUAUUCUCAAAUGACCACAUCAGCAAGUGACAGUUUACAAUGAGGUAGGAACAGUUGAGGUAAUCAUAACACCUUUGUGUUAUGGCGUUUUCGCUUGAACUGUUAAAUGUAUGAAUAUGACAGCAGUUACGGUUGGAACUGGGAUAGUCAAGCGAGAACGACAUAACGACAUUAGUGAAAUUAAGUUUGCUUCAACAAGUCAAAUAACAUAAAAAACUGCGUACUUGCUUUCGUCAUACCGUUCGAACUAGUUGACAUUGAAUCAAAGCAUGUUUAUUAUUCAUGAAUUUCGUCAUAUCGAACUUUUUUUUUUGGUUACCAACACAAGCAAGCCAUGUGCUCUGCACCACCUGUUUAUAUCGCAUUGGACAGAUUACCUUUGUUUACUUUUUCUUCUAUCAAUAACUCUUCCGCACUUACUCUAUCUUCUCGACUCUUCGUAUUAGAGCGGUGAAAAUUACAGCCAUUAUUUCGCCAGAAAGAAUUUUUAUCCGUUCUUUAGUGACUCGGUGUUCUGCUUCAUUGAUCAAAAGUUGCAGACUUUUCAAAUUCAAAAUACUGAAUUUUCUGCAGACAUCCAUAAAGAGAUACAAAGCAUUUAAAUAAAAAUUAUAAUUACUGUUUUUAAGCACCUAAAGUCAGCAGCUUUUUCUUUUUCGUUGGCAGACUACUUGAACCCACUCUAUUUACAGGCAAUGAGGUAGAAACAGGUGGGGCAAACAAACAGCAAUGUCAGAUAUACAGAAAUCUGCGUAGAUUUACCGAACCGAGGACAAAAUCUACGGAAAUUGGAUUUUUUCUACGGAAAUCCACGGAAAUUUGAAUUUAUCAACUUUCCACCGUGAGAGCUUCCGAGAAAAAUGCCAAUCUACAGAAAUGACACAACUACUAUCUGGCAUCGCUGCACUUUAGUGUUCGUGACACGAAUUUUUCUUCAACAUGUUUUUUAUCAUGUGUGUCACCAUAACGAAUCACUUGGAGAAUGUUUAUGAAGUAUUGGUUUCCAACACCACCUAAUCAUGUGCAUGCACAACUUCAAAACAAAAAUGUACGAGCGAAAAUGAUGGUCCAAAAUUGAACGCUGGAUCACAGACUAACAGACAUGACAGUAUGAGUAAAUUCUUAUAAAAAUAAUUUUUCGUGAUGCACUAGUUCCACCUAUAUUGUACUGCGCGAACUAUUUACUAUCUGUACACCCCUUGUGUUAUGUAAAAGUUUUUUUACUAGUUGGUUUCCCCUCGUUUGUCAACACCGAUCAGCUGCUUGCAGGGAUGCCUGAUUUCAUCAUAAUAUUUGAAAAUGAAUCGUCACAUUAAAUUAUUGGAUUACGUUGAAAAUAUAUUUACCUUUUUCGCGAUGUUGGAAGGUAACCAUUUAUUUGACUCAACGUUGUUCAUCUAGACUAUUUUUAUUGUGUUGGUGGUUUUCACCCGAAAUUAAGUGGCGGCAGUCCAGAAGCAAGUAAAUAUUGUAACAAAACGGGUUCGAUUUUGUAUUGCGUUGGAGGAUGAGAAGUAGGCACAAUUAUGUAUAUAGUUUU